AUGAUCAAAUUACACGCGUGGUCGACUUUGCUUGUGUGUAUGCUAUCUUUUCUCGCAAGAUUAGCUGCCGCAUUUCAAAUCGAUUAUGACUAUUCAACAUGCAAUGCAUUGAUCGUUUCCACUCAAGUGAGCCCACAAGAAUUAAAUUCGACAAAUGGAAUGGUAUUGCAAUUCACGCAAUCAAGAAAUCUGUCUGAUCCUGCUUUGUUCAAUACAACGAUUGCAUGGACAGAUUUUGUUCCAUAUGAAACUUUCGCAAUUUCAAGCCUUUUACCUGCAACACAAAUAGGUAAUAAAUAUUAUUCGACAAACAUUUCCAUGACUGAUGCAAUGAAUGCUUCUUGGGUUGGAAGUGGAUAUGAUCAAGAAUUUCAUACGAUCAUGUGGUUGUAUGUUCAACCGCCAAACACAACCGCUGUAUCUGCUCGUACCUCGUAUGGUGGACCAGGAAAUCCGUUCGUCCCUACCAGUGAUGCACAUCCUGCUUGUACCGCGUUUUAUACCGUAAAUGGAACGAGAACGGAUUAUAAUCCAAAUUUGCUCAAUAGCGACAACGAUGAUGAAUCUGACAGUGGCGAUGGACUAUCGAAACCAGCAAAGAUUGGAUUGAUCAUCGGAUGUAUUGUCCUGACACUGCUUUUGUUGGCACUAGUUGCAAUUCUUGCCUUUGUAUUCAUUAGUGCCGUUCGUCAUAUGGUUAAAUCCUGGCUCAGGAGAAGAAAGAGAGAGCUGGAAAACUUUGGAAGAAGACCUGAUGAAGAAAAUCAAAACACUACCCCGGAGCAUCUAUCUGAUGAUGAUGUAAUCAAAGGCAAAAAGAGGGAUGAAGAUACAAUAACAGAGGAAAACGCUUCAUUUGGUGGACUGUUUCACGGAUUGAAUGGAAUCGGAACCCAAUUCGGAAGCAGAAUGCAAGAUGUAGACACUAUCACACCCACUCAGCUGCCAGCACGUGUUCGUAAUCCAGAGGACGAAGCUCCCCCUCCGACGUAUACUGAAGCGAAUAAGUUAUAA